UAAAACGAUCGAAAAACGUUUUUGGUAAUUGAAAAUUAAGGUAUUUAUGGUCUAGAACGUAAACAAAUAAGAUCCAAUACAAUAUCUUAACUAAACUUACCACCCAAUAAAAUAAUUAUUGAAUGUCUUACCUUUCACAAUACGGUAAACAUUCCAAAAAUAUUUAUGAUUAAAGUAUAGACAUUUUUCAUUUAAUUAAGAACAGCGCGGACAUCACUAGUUCGAAUUUCAAAAACUGUUCGACUAGAAUUUACCGCUAACGCGUUCAUACCUUAACUUUUUUUAAAUUUAGUUUGGAUCAUAGAUACCUAGCAGCGCUUCGUUGUGUUUAUUUUGUGCCAGUGACUUACAAUCGAUAGAAGAUAAUCGAUCGAAAGUGGAGUGGUACUCGCGCGGCUUGGUGAGGAUAUCGCCAGGUUCCAGGGAGUUCAUCAUCUGGGUAGACGAGAAAGGCGUCAAAAUGGCACCCUUGACAGAUACCGACCAAGGGCACGCGGCGGCCCCGGAAGUCCCAGACCCUGGCAAACCUACAGAGCCCAUAGACACGGCACGGUUCCUGCAAGACGUUGUCGAUGGCAUGGCGGCAGAGAGCGAUUACGAGUCGGAGUCCACUACUGAGCAGAUGGCCAGUGAAGCUUCACAGACAGUCCAGAUUGUUCGACUUGUAGUUGAGCCGCCGAAGAGGGUGUACAGCUGGGCCAUGUCGGCAGGAGAUCGGGAGUCCGAGGCCCAGGCCAAGAAGGGCGAGGAGGGCGCGGGCGGGGACCGAGACUCCCGCGCCGCCGCCGCGCUCAAGAAGAACUGGUGUGUGGGACUCAGGAUUACUGAACUGGUUAUCACGGUGAUCGCCAUCGGGCUUGUGACAGGAGCGCUAACUUCACCCUACAUCGUCCAGUCCAGACUGUCGCACAUCGCUGUCAUUUUCUCUGCUUACUCAAGUUACAUCAUCAUCACCGGCAUCCUGAUCCUCGCGCGGCUGUUCGGCGAGUCGGCGGGAUGGAAGACCUCCAUCGGCUUCUCCGUGCUCGGGGUGAUUAUGUUCACCGCCGCUGCUGCCGUCAUUUUCUAUGAUUGGCACACUUCGUACUACGUGGUGAUCCGACCUAACAAGCAAGCUUACGAUCUCCUUCUAUCGUCCGGCGUGUUUGCGGUGCUAGGCGCGGCUGUUUUCAUGUUCCACGCCUUCUUCACUUUCCGGAAGGAAGCAGACAUUUAAAAAAAAACAAUCACUCUACUUUUACUAUGUGUCAGAAAUGCCAGUACUGUGUCAAUCUAAACAAAUAAAAAAAAAGCGAUACAGAGAUAUGGAACGCAUUCUGUUUGAUCUUCAAUCUUAAUAUUUUAUCUCUUUUAUAAACUGCCUUGUUUAAUUCAUAAGUUUCUUAUUAAAGUUUAGUUACUUAGUGUUAAAUAUUUUUAUUAGCUCUGAUGGGGCAUGUAAUUUAAUGCAAUUAAUUUGUAAAUAAUUUAUUAAGAAACCGUUAGUUGUCCUCAUAGAGUAGCUAUUCAGGUUUUCAAAUCCAGUUUUACUUUGUAAAAAUGAUAAUGUAGGUAAAUAUGUAAAUUGUCAAUUUUGUCCUAUGCAGCAGCUCAAAAAGUAAAAUACAGAUUUCUUUAUGGCAGCAUUUUUAUUAUCGUUCAUUCUGGCCGAGGGAGUGCAAGUUACGUAACAUUAAGUUUUAGGAUAAUUUUCGUAGUAUAGAUUAGUUUAUUCUUCUUGCAGAAAGAUGUAUAAGAUCAGGUUGUAAACUGAGGUAUUAUGCACAAGAGACGAAAUUUAAAAUAAAAAAGUCAUGGUCUCCUAAAAGUUUAUUUUAUUUGAAACGUCUGGUGAAGGCCUUAUUCAAACGGGUUGUGUAAAUGUGGUUUUGAAGAUUGUUUGUUUCUUUUUAGGAGCAUUGUACGGUUUAGUAUUUAAGAGUUUUUAAACCAACGAGUAUUACUUAAAUAUUUAGUGUUAUCUUUUUGUCUUUUAUUUCUUUAGUAGACAAAGCUUACAUUACAAUUGUUAGUAACUUUUUAAAAUUUCGCGCGCAUGAUUGUUUGACACUUGCCACAGAUAGAGUAAAUACGAUACAGCGUCAUAGGUGCGUGCGUAUAAUAAACAAAUUAUAAUAAAAAUUGUACCAACUUAGACAACUUUGAUUGUAUUAGAGGUUUUUCAUGGAUGUUUAAAAUGACAUGUUUUUCAUUUGUUUGUAAUACUUUAGAAAUAAUUUAGAUAUAAAUUGUAAUCGUAAUUGUUAAUACUGAAACAUUCCGCUAAAACCAAAUUUAAUGUUAGUGUGUAAGUGCGUGUCGUACACAGACAUGGAAAAUUUAUAUAGACGUUAGAAAAAGGUGCGAAAUUAAAACUUUUGACGAAGAGAUAAACGUUAUGACCUAAUGAGUAUGCUUUAUUAUUUGAAAGUUGUUACUAAAGUUUUUUGUUUUGUUUUGCAGGCAUAGAAAUAAAAGGAAGUCUUGUUUCGAUUCACCAGAUUGUCACAUGUUUGAUGGCAAUGGCAUAGGUUAAACUUAAGAGCACAAUUUAACGCAAUCAGGAGUUGGAACUGCAUUUUUCAUUUGAAUUAAUUCAAUCAUAGUAGGUAUGGAAAUUUUUAUAGGUCAUAAUGAUAUUUAAAUCUGCAAUUGGAUUUUUAAUAUUCCCUUUUUUGUAUGUUCAGAUUUUGUCAAGAAGAAGUUUUUGAUUUUUUUUAUAAAUAUAUAAGUAACGUAUAAGCAUUUAAAGACAAAAUACGGUAUAAAAAUCAAAGCGUUGCUUUCAAAAUCACUUAAUAUUAACUUAAAUAAUAUGUUAGUUCUUUCAUAGGUUUAUGUUAAAUAAUUAUUACUUUUAUUGAAAGGGAGAACCAAAGCAGUAAUCAGUAUCCGUCCACCAGUAGUUUUAGUUUAUUAAGUUUCCUUUCAUUUUAACACCGACCUUCACUUAUAUGAUUCUGUAUUUCUGUAUCUUUUGUAAUAAAUUAAAUAAAAUAGAUUAUUUUUCAUCAUCAAAAUAGGUUAUUUAAUAGAGUUUAUUUGGUAUUUAAUCUAAGAAAAAUAAAUAGUAAUGUAAAUGCAUGUAAACAGUACACUGGCGCUAAUGUUACCUUAUUUAUCCACGACCGCAACAAAAGGUACCCGCGACACGCACAGAUAAUUAUAUUAAAAUAUUAUUGUAUAUAUAUACAUUGUAUCCGUUGUAAUUGUUUAUUAAAUAAAUGUAAUUAAACGUC